AUGACUGAAGAGAAGAAGAGAGAAAGAGAAGCUAGGGUUCUCCUUCAGGGUCUCCUUCUCUCGAGCAUGGUGGAAUCGAAGGUGGAAGUGUGGAACCGUGGAAGAGAAGAACAGCAACAGAGGAAGAAAGCUAGGCUCCGGAUUGUAAUUUCGCGUAAAAGAGAGGAAGAAGGCAUCACCAUAGCCAUCUUAGCAUUAGUUGUGGCAAGCUUUUAUGUGCAUUGGACAGUGGACAAAACAAAGGUCAUCAAACUUCAAGAACAUAAUUUUCAACAAAAUGUGGGUUCAUUGUUGCAAGAACAUAUAGCCAAACAUAGCUGCUCAAGCCAAAUAGACAAAGUCUUCACUAUUGAGGAACUAAGGAAUGCAACCAACAACUUUGAUGCAGGCAAAAUCCUUGGCCCCCUACAUAACUGCUCAAGCCAAAUAACCAAAGUCUUCACUCUUGAGGAACUAAGGAAGGCAACCAACAACUUUGAUGCAGGCAAAAUCCUUGGCCAAGGGAACCAAGGAACAGUUUACAAAGGAGUAUUAUCAGAUGAUAUAACUGUAGCAAUAAAAAAGUCCAACACUAAUGACACAAGCCUAAUUGAAUUAAUUAAUAAGGACUUCAUCAAUGAGUUAGUUGUACUCUCACAAAUCAACCACAGGCAUGUGGUUAAGCUCUUGGGUUGUUGUUUAGAAACAGAAAGUCCCUUGCUUGUUUACGAAUUCAUUCCCAAUGGUACUGUUUAUGAGCAUCUUCAUGGUCAUGAACCAUUUUUAAGACUUACAUGGAAAACAAGAUUGAGAAUAGCUGCUGAAACUGCUGGGGCUUUAGCUCACUUGCAUUUGGAUACUUGUAUCCCCGUAAUCCACAAAGAAGUGAAAACUAGCAAUAUUCUACUUGAUCAUGAUCUCACUGCAAAUGUUUCUGAUUUCGGUGCUUCAAGAAUUGUUCCUCAAGGUAAAACUGAGGUACUCACUUUGUUGCAAGGAACUUGGGGGUAUGUUGACCCAGAAUCGUUUCUCACAAAGCAAUUUACAGAUAAGAGUGAUGUCUAUGGUUUUGGAGUUGUUCUUGCAGAAUUACUUACAGGAAGAGAAGCGUUUUCUUUUGACGUGCCGGAUGCUGAAAAGUACCUUGCAAUGUUCUUUGUAACUUCAAUGGAAGAGAAUCGUUUGCUUGAUAUUGUAGACAAGAGCAUAAUAAAUGAAGCAAAGGUUGAGCAUGUGUAUGAAUUUGCUAAGAUUGCAAAACAGUGUUUAAGCUUGAAAGGAGAAGAAAGACCUACAAUGAAAGAAGUGGCAAUGGAACUUGAGAGGAUUAGAGCUGAGGAAAAACAUAGAUGGUUGUGGGAGAAGGAGAAAUUGUCCUCUGAAGAAACUGAAAUCCUGGUCAAAGCACCUUUUACUAGCAAUAAUAAUGCUGAAGAAUCCUUUAUGCUUUUGGACUGA